AUGAUUCCUUUUCAAGUCCCCCAACUCAACAAAGAUAACUACGACAAUUGGAAGAAAGGCUACACUGAGCCACAAUACGAGAUUGCUCUAUCCCAAGCACUAAGGGAUAGUUUGAAGGAUGCAAGGAAGAAGGACAAGAAGGCGCUCACCCUCAUCUAUCAAGCCUUAGAUGAAGGCAUGUUCGAGAAAGUAGCUUGUGCUACUACGAGUAAGGAAACAUGGGAGAUCUUGCAAAACUUCCACAAAGGAGUUGAGAAGGUGAAAAAUGUUCGACUUCAAACACUUCGAGGUGAGUUUGAAGCUUUACAUAUGAAAGAAUCGAAAUCAAUUUCUGAUUACUUCUUUAGAGUAUUAGCUAUUGUGAAUCAAUUAAAAAGGAAUCAAGAAAAGUUGAACGACACUCAAGUAAUUGAGAAGAUACUUAGGUCUUUAGAUUCUAAAUUUGACUACAUAGUUGUAGCCGUUGAGGAAUCUAAAGAUCUAGCUAGUAUGAGUGUCGAUCAACUUAUGGGAUCUUUUCAAGCUCAUGAGGAAAGAUUAAGGAAGAAGGUAAAAGAAGAGUCAUUAGAGCAAGCUCUUCAAACAAAGCUCACUUUGAACGAGGGUGAAGGACGGUUCAACCGUAGAAGAAGCCAAAGGGGAAGAGGAUGA